AUGUUACGUGCAGAUAAAUUCAACCGUAAUCGGUCGAAAAUAUUCCAGUAUACUGAAUCCAAUUGCUCAAAAAUCUUCGAUGAAUAUCCGGAAUUUGAUAUUUUUUUACAAAUUGAAUUAUGUCAAAAUUAUGACAUGUCAUUAAAAAUAGGUAAAAUUGUUGUGAUGUUAUCAUCAUUAUAUGAUACUUAUCUUCCAUAUGGGUUAUAUGGUCCACCACUUUUGCCUGUCAUAAUCAUGGGAAUCACAUCAUUCUUUUUAUUUUAUGCAAACUUGAUCAAUGACCAAUGGACGAUGCAAAUACUUGAACUAACAUUAAUUAUUGCUGGCUUUGGUAUGAUCAUUGGUCAAUAUGUAGUACCUAACUUUGACACAUAUUUGAAAAAUAAAUAUUUAAAAAAUUCAUCAGAUGAUAAUUCAAAUGUAUUUACAUUGCGUAAUUAUCGUUUCGGUAAAUAUUUAUUGAAAUCAUGUGUUGAUCAUCAUACAUUCUUUCGUUUAACAUCAAUUCCAUCGUCAUCAAAACAAAUUUUUCAACUGACUAAUAAAUUUCGAAAUAGUAUUGAUAUUCUACCAAAUGGAUUAUUAAUGGAAACAAAUGAGAAAACACAAAACACAUUUCAAAGGUUAGAUAAAUGUUUACGUACAUUACAUGAUUUACCAUGUGGAACAUUGAUAUAUGAAUAUAUUAUAAAAUUAUUAACCUCAGAUCAAGGACAUGAACGUGCUCAAACUAUGGAUGAUAAAUAUCAGACAAGUCUUGAUUUAGUUAAACAAGUUCGUUAUGAAAUUAAUAAUGAAGAUGGAAAUGAAGUUGACGGUGUUGAUGAACCAUAUGUUAUUGAUGGAAGUUUGUAUAGUAAUUUAGGAAAAUAUUUUAAUCAUUCGUGUGAUCCAAAUAUAUUUAUUCAAAAUGUAUUUAUCGAGUCACAUGAUCUUCAUUUUCCAAAUCUUGCUUGA